UGCUUCCCUUCCGCCUCGUCCCCCUUCUCCCCGCGGCGCCAUGUCGGUCUUCCAUGAUGAGGUGGAGAUCGAGGACUUCGAGUACGACGAGGAGACCGAGACCUACAGUUACCCGUGCCCCUGCGGAGACCGCUUUCUCAUCACGCGGGAGGAUCUGGAGAAUGGUGAGGACGUGGCCACCUGUCCCAGCUGCUCCCUGAUCCUGCGCGUCAUUUACGACCAGGAGCAGUUCAUGCGUGAUGAAGUCAUUGCAGAACCUUUGACAAACAAGGAAUUGAUUAAGUGCUGAUGAACUGUUCCUGCUCUAGAGUAAGAAAGUAUGGGGAUGGCAACUGCGGAAAGAGACAUGGUCCUCCUCGAAGUGCUUGCUGCUGUGAGACACAAGUGCAAUAACUGGCUGUCUUCGUAAUUUAAAUGAGAAUUUGCUGGGACGUCAACACAUGAAUGGGUUUUGUUCAAAAAGGUUAUACAUUUAAAAAAAUAUGUAAGUUGCCAUAUGUAUUCCACAAGACUCAAGGUGUUUGAUCGUAAUUGACAGCAAGUCAAUAUGCAGAAGUGUGCGGAGUUGUGAAAUUAUAACGUUUAUCUAGCAGUGGCUUCUUAGCCUGUGGAAAAGAGCAGUCUCCAUGUGGGCGUAUACCAGUGUGAAAUGGAAUAGAGAGCUGAAAUGUUGGGAGACAGAAUGCGGAAGUCCGUAUGACAUGGUGCCAUACAGAAUUAUAGCUUUAACACAGUGUGGUAUCACCUAGGAUGUGGGCUCACGUACUUCCAGCCCAUACUGAAUGUGAGGAAAAAUAUGAGACCCAGAACCAAUGUUGUUGGUAUAUUGUUUUUACUACUGUAAGCACAAAGAAGCUGCAGUUAUAUUUAUGUUUGCAGUGUGGGUAACACCUGAGUUGGGGCAAAUUAGUUUCUUAAAUUGCAGUUGCUUUGAAACAGCUUUGGUAGGUGUUAUCAAAUGACUCUGACAUAAUAGUGAUAGACUUUUGUGAGCAUUGUCUGAAAUGAAACAAAAUGAGUCAAACGUUUUUUACCCCUGCAAAGCUAGUAAUGAAUGGACUUGAACUCGAAGCAGAUUGUAAUUUGCCCAGAUUUUCUCAACAAGUUUAUGAUUUGACUGUUGCAACAAAUAUAAAAUGGGCUGCAGUUCUUUGUGCCAUUUGUAGGAGUACAUUUGCUGAAUUUCUCAGUCUUCCUUAGUUAGGUUCUGUCACUUCCUGGAUAGGAGAUGCACACAUUUCACUUAAUUAAUAAAUUUUUUAGGGUAGAAAAGAGUUGGAAGGAUAUACUCCAAAGUACAUUGAUUGCAAGACUACUUCUUGUAUUACAAGCCACUGCAUUUAAAUAUUUAUUUUAAAUUAUGGUCAUUCAUGUGUUCUAGUAGGAUUUGAUGAAGUUAAACUUGUACAGCAUUUAUAUAGUUACUUUGCGCCAGGCACUAAAGAUAAGCAAGUCUUACUGAAUUCUUGCAUUUAACUACUUUUGUUCUUACAACGUUCUGUGAAUGUUGAAGAUGAACAUUCUAAUUAUUUUAUUAAAAAAAAGGAAAAUAAAAGAAAAAAAUGGCACCCUUCAGUUAGACGUUUUUAAUGCAAGAUGCACAACCCAGAGUGUUCUUGUGCCUAAACCAGAAGGUGGCACUCAUGUUACUUUGCUAUCUGCUUCAAAACAAAAAAAAAGUUGUGGUACUUUGGUUAGCUAUAUCUUAUCAAAUAUUUAUUUUGACUGUUUAAAUAAAGAUACUUAAAACUGCACCAGUGGUUAUA